CAUACAAAAAAAUAUUCCAUUCAGGCACAAUACUACGGCGAAAUCGGUAUCGGAACACCACCCCAAAAAUUCAACGUCAUUUUCGACACUGGAUCUUCUAACCUUUGGGUUCCUUCGAAGCGCUGCAGUUAUACAAGCUGGGCCUGUUGGCUUCACAACAAAUACAAUUAUGCAGCUUCCUCCACUUAUGUGCCCAACGGAACCGUCUUCGACAUUCAGUAUGGCACCGGCAGCGUAUCGGGCUUCAUCAGCGUUGAUACAUUCGAGAUUGGUGGGGUCAAUGUGAAACAGCAACCGUUUGGUGAAGCAAUCAAGGAACCCGGUAUCGUUUUUGUGUUUGCCAAAUUCGAUGGCAUUCUUGGAAUGGGGUUCAGAAGCAUUUCAGUUGGUGGCGCGAUAACGGUGUUCGAAAAUAUGGUUAAUCAAGGUCUUUUGCCCGAGCCUGUAUUCUCUUUCUACCUUAACCGAAACGCUUCCGAUCCUGUCGGUGGUGAGCUUCUUCUGGGAGGUAUUGAUCCGAAGUACUAUACAGGAGAAAUCACGUAUGUUCCUGUCACUCACGAAGCAUAUUGGCAGUUCAAAGUCGAUAAAAUGGAAUUUCCUGGCGUCUCAAUCUGUGCUGAUGGAUGCCAAGCUAUUGCGGAUACAGGAACAUCACUAAUUGCUGGACCCAAAAAAGAGGUAGAGGCGCUCAAUGAACAAAUGGGUGGCACUUGGAUCCCUGGGGGUACCUACAUAAUAAACUGUGACAGGAUGAGUAGCCUAUCGCCGGUAACAUUUCACAUAGGUGGUCGAAAAAUGGUUCUGGAGCCGGAAGAUUACAUCAUGAAAAUGAGCAAUAUGGGGAAAACGGUGUGCAUCUCGGGCUUCAUUGGUAUGGACAUUCCUGCUGGACCGUUAUGGAUUUUGGGCGAUACGUUUAUUGGAAAAUACUACACAGUAUUCGAUCUGGGUAAAAAACGCCUUGGCUUUGCCACAACGAAGACUCAGUCCACCAGAGAGUUACCAUUGUCUGUGCCAAUGGUACGACUCCAACCAUCUGUUCGUCGUCACGAAUCCGCCACAGGUCUGCCGAAAAACCUUCUUACUUUCUGGCACCUAUUGAAUUAA